AUGCCACACACAAUCCCCCACCACCACACCCCCAGCACCCCCAACCCACACCCCCCCCCCCCCACCAGACCCCAAACAUCCCCCCCACCCAACAACCCCCACCCCCCACCCCACCCAAGCCCCCCAUGCAUCAUCAACACCAUCAGCCCCCAACGCACAGCCGCCCACCCCCACCCACCCCAACACCCCCCCCCCCAGCAUACCCCCAACAUCCCACACAGCACAACCAGCCCACCAUACACCAAAAUGUCACAUACAACCCCCAAAUCAUCCCACAAGUCCCCCCCUAAUCACUGCCCCUCCCAUGACCAACCAUCAUACACCACACCCACCCCCCACAAAUCCCCACCCAACCAACAUACAUCAAAACAGCAAGCCGCCCCAAUCCACAGCCAAGACACCCGACACAAAUCCCAUGAUUGCCCACCAGCCCCCAGCACCCACAACCACAAGCCAUCACCCCAUCCCCAUCAUCCCCCCCAACCACCCAGCCCCAAUCAACUCACAACAACCACCACCCCAUCACAUCACAAACCCCCCAGCCCCCCACCACCAUCCCACCACCACCAUCUCACCCCAUCAGAUGCAGAAACACACCAUACCCAUAAGCACACCAUCCCCCCCCCCAUCACAACCAUCCAUUACACAGCCAUCCCCAUCAACAUCACCAUUCCAUCAGACCAGCCCCAUCCCCCCCAGCAAAUCCCCCAACACCACACCAAUUCCACCCCCCACCACCACCUCACUCAUCACCAGCAUCCCACCCCACUCCCCACCACCCCCCCCCAUCCACCAUACCACAGCCCCCAAUCACCCACCACAGCAGCAUUCAGCCUCCCAAUCCCCCCCACCCCCAAGACAACCCAACCCAUCACAAACAGAUUCCCAUCAUACACCCCCAGCCGCCCCAACCCCAUACAGAACAACACACCACACCCCAACCACCCCCACCCCACCCCCCCACAAUAA